UCAAGUCUGAUCUGCGUCUGACCUGGUUUGGUGCCGGAUACCACAAAAAACAUUCUAAUUUGCCCCUCUUCCUUCAGAUCUCUUGUUUUUGUUUAUCUCCUCUCUACGCUGUUUCGGACCUUGUGCAGGCACAACGGGUUCUGCUCCCAUGGCGUCUUCUCGCAUCGAUGAUUUUGUUCAUGUUGAUGUAGUCGGAGCGCAGGCUGAUUCCAACAUCCAGUCUCAAGGUUCGGAGGAGAGCGUUGUGGCAGAUAACGCAGCCAAUGACGCGGUUAGUGGAGAGGGUGAGCCCCGAGGCUAUGUCAGGAAGGCACUGCCUGAUAAGCUGAUGAAGAGCGUUGUGAUGCUCAGUUGCGAGUCGUACGCGGAAGGCGGCAUCUGCGAUGUGUAUCUGCUAGGAACAGCUCACGUGUCUGCGGAAUCUUGCCAACAAGUCCAAGCCGUGAUCAAUUUCUUAAAGCCACAGGCUGUCUUUUUGGAGUUAUGUUCAAGUCGUGUUGCAAUACUAACACCUCGAAAUUUAAAGAUACCAACAAUGGGGGAAAUGGUGGAUAUGUGGAAGAAACAAUAUAACUUGUUUGCAAUACUAUACAGCUGGUUUCUUGCAAAGGUAGGUUGCCAGUAAGCUUGAUGCUUUACCCGGGGACGAGUUUCGUGUUGCAUAUGAAGAAGCAAUGAAGUAUGGUGGCAAGGUGAUUCUUGGAGACCGCCCUGUCGAGGUGACAUUGAGAAGGACUUGGGCAAAAAUGCCCCUAUGGCACAAGACAAAAUUAGUUUAUUCAUUGAUGUUUCAAGCCUUAUUUCUACCAAGCCCCGACGACAUCAAUAGAAUGUUGAAAGAAAUGGAUGAUGUCGAUAUGCUGACUCUUGUUAUUCAAGAAAUAAGCAAACAAUUCCCAACUCUAAUGGAGACACUAGUACAUGAGCGGGAUCAGUAUAUGUCGUCAAGACUACGUGCGGUUGCUUGUCAACAUAAUUCUGUUUUGGCUGUUGUUGGAAAGGGCCACCUCAUCGGAAUGCAGAAACACUGGCAGAAACCCAUUAAGCUGAAUGAAUUGCUUAGCACCUUGCCCCCUUCAAAGAAACCCACAGGGCAUGUGAAGAAAAUUUUGACAGCUCUUGGAAUUGCUGUUGCAGGAGCGGCUGUAGCGUCGCGACUGUAUUUCUCAACUAAGAAGUAAGCAAAUGUGCUUUCUAGUCUAUCAUAAUAGGCCCAUUAACUAUGAACACAGACACACAUACACACACAGAGAAAGAAAGGCUUUGCAGGUGUGGAAGAGUCCAUCCUAAAAAUGUGUGAGCACACAAAGUCCCUUAGUUUUGCCUUCAAAUAGAUGCAGAAUUUUUCCUCCC